AUAUAUAAAAUUCCGUUGCUACUGACUCUGUAACUGUGAUUUUUUCACUAUUUUCGUCUGCAAACAAUGGGGAAUUUUUCUCGUCAGAUGAGGCUUACAUCGGCUCUGAUGAAGAGUUUGCGGUCGCGGUGGGGAGCUGUUGCCGCUGGGAAUGCGGGUGGUGCGAGAUCUUUCACCACGACGGAGGGCCACCGUCCUACCAUAGUUCACAAGCGCAGCUUGGAUAUUCUCCAUGAUCCGUGGUUCAACAAGGGAACUGCAUUUUCAAUGACAGAACGUGAUCGACUUGACCUUCGCGGCCUCCUGCCUCCAAAUGUAAUGUCUCCUGAACAACAAAUUGAACGCUUUAUGGCUGACUUGAAGAGGCUUGAGUUAAGUGCUAGAGACGGACCAUCUGAUCCAUACAAUUUGGCUAAAUGGCGCAUUCUUAACCGCUUGCAUGAUAGAAACGAGACAAUGUAUUAUAAGGUUCUCAUUGACAACAUUGAAGAAUACGCACCUAUAGUCUAUACUCCUACUGUUGGUCUUGUAUGCCAGAAGUACAGUGGCUUGUUUAGGCGACCAAGGGGGAUGUAUUUUAGUGCAGAAGAUCGUGGAGAAAUGAUGUCAAUGGUUUACAAUUGGCCAGCAGAUCAGGUUGAUAUGAUUGUUGUAACGGAUGGAAGCAGAAUAUUGGGUCUUGGAGAUCUUGGGGUUCAGGGAAUUGGAAUUGCAAUUGGAAAGUUGGAUCUUUAUGUUGCCGCCGCUGGGAUAAACCCACAGAGAGUACUUCCUGUCAUGAUUGACGUGGGAACCAACAAUGAGGAGCUUCUGAAAGACCCUUUGUAUCUGGGAUUGCAAGAGCACCGUCUUGACGGGGAUGAGUAUGUUGCAGUCAUUGAUGAAUUCAUGGAAGCAGUCUUUACUCGUUGGCCGCAUGUGAUUGUCCAGUUUGAAGAUUUUCAAAGUAAGUGGGCCUUCAAGCUGUUGCAGCGUUAUAGGAAUGAAUAUAGAAUGUUCAAUGAUGAUGUUCAGGGAACAGCAGGGGUUGCACUUGCUGGUCUUUUAGGAGCAGUUAGAGCACAAGGAAGGCCGAUGAUUGACUUCCCAAAGAUGAAGAUUGUCGUUGCUGGUGCUGGGAGUGCUGGAAUAGGCGUUCUCAAUGCUGCAAGAAAAACGAUGGCUAGGAUGCUAGGAGAUACUGAAGUUGCUUUUGAAAGUGCUAGAAGUCAAUUCUGGGUUGUUGAUGCUAAUGGUCUUAUAACGGAGGCACGUGAAAACAUUGAUCCAGAAGCUCGCCCAUUUGCUAGGAAGGUGAGAGAAACUGAACGGCAAGGGUUGGCAGAAGGAGCAAAGCUCGCGGAAGUGGUAAGGCAAGUGAAGCCAGAUGUGCUUCUUGGUUUGUCUGCUUGUGGAGGUUUGUUUUCCAAAGAGGUAUUAGAAGCUCUCAAAGGUUCAACUUCUACAAGACCUGCAAUUUUUCCAAUGUCUAAUCCUACGAAAAAUGCUGAGUGCACCCCAGAGGAAGCAUUUUCCAUAGUUGGCGACAACAUCAUUUUUGCCAGUGGGAGCCCAUUUAACAAUGUUGAUCUUGGAAAUGGUCAUGUUGGCCACUGCAACCAGGCAAAUAACAUGUUCCUUUUUCCCGGGAUUGGACUUGGAACACUUCUAUCUGGAUCUAAGAUAGUAUCAGACGGAAUGCUCCAGGCAGCAGCUGAAUGCCUUGCUGCAUAUAUGACCGAGGAAGAGGUACUUCACGGGAUUAUUUAUCCGUCAAUUUCAAGAAUACGUGAUAUAACAAAGGAGGUAGCUGCAGCAGUCAUUGAAGAAGCCAUAGAAGAGGACCUGGCAGAAGGAUACCGCGAGAUGGAUGCACGAGAACUGCAGAAACUUAAUAAGGAUGAGAUCAGAACAUUUGUAGGGAACAAUAUGUGGAAUCCUGAGUACCCAACAUUGGUUUACAAGAAGGAUUGAUUGAAGAGUUACAAUUAGUUUCACAGUUUGUAUGAAGGGAAUUUAUAGGUCGGAUCCUGUUACUGUCCCAUCCCAUGCAAGGGAAUUGAGUUGUGUAUCUAUUCAUCUGUUUUUGUUCUCAUGAACUCUUCCAAUUGCUGAUGUUGUAAAUGUAAACCACCAACGGAAGUGACUGUAUCUCUCUCUACAAUUCAAUUCAAUAAUAAAUAGGCGUAUGAUGUUAAUUACUAAA